UGAACGACUCGGAACGAAACAGACGACAUAGACAGGCGAGUCUACCAACCCGACCAACCGGUUCUUCAGUUUUCUGCGAACCGGUCGUUCAUGAGUGACACACCUCUACCCUCUACUUGAAAACAGCUUAUUGAUGUGAUUGUGAUAGAAUACGGAGGUCCACCUAACCUCAAAUUUCUUAUUUUAUAUUUUAUUUAGUUCUCAUCGUUCUCAAACGAAGAGUAAAUGUGCAGAGAGUAUAUAUUAUAUAUUUUUAGAUACUUAUUUCAUGGAUAUACUUAAUAUUUAGCAACAACAAGUAGUAUUAGGUUCUAAAAUUAAAUAUCGACACUAAACUACAAAAAUGACUGCAAAUUCAAUACCAGUUCCUGUAACACAGCGCGAUUGUAUGUCUGCAGCCACAAAAAGAUACAAAUAUUUAAGAAGAAUGUUGAAAUUUGAUCAAAUGGAUUUUGAAUUUGCGUUUUGGCAAAUGUUGUACCUCUUCACUGCUCCACAAAAAGUAUAUAGGAAUUUUCAAUACAGAAAACAAUCCAAAUUUCAGUUUGCACGUGAUGAUCCAGCGUUUCUAGUAUUAUUUGCAGCAUGGCUUUGCAUUACGUCCGUUGGAUUUGCAAUAGUUUUGAAAUUGAGUUUUUUACAGUUUAUACAUUUCUUAUUAUACACAGUUUUUGUGGACUGCAUAGGAGUAGGUCUGAUUGUUGCGACGAUAUUUUGGUUUUUACUAAACAAAUAUUUUCGAAAUCCAAAUGAAAUCCAAGAUGUAGAGUGGGGAUACUCGUUUGAUGUUCAUUUAAAUGCAUACUUCCCUCCUUUGAUUCUGUUGCACUUUUUUCAAUUAUUUUUUUAUAACGGUUUAAUUAGUAAUGAGUGGUUCCUAUCAAGGCUACUUGGCAACACAUUUUGGCUAGUAGCUGUCUUAUAUUAUAUGUACAUAACAUUUUUAGGUUACAGCUCACUUCAGUUCUUAAGACAUACUCAUUUAAUAAUAUCUCCGCUACCUCUUGUUAUAAUUUUUUACAUUAUUAGUUUAGUGAGUGGUUUUAAUAUAACACAAGCUUUAAUGCAUUUUUAUAAGUUUCGAGUCGUAUAAAUGUUAAUUUGUAAUUAUUUAUUUUAUACAUAUAUAAUAUUAAUA